AAAAUCCGGUCGGCGGAUCCGAAAAAUUUUCGCGAUGAAAUCGAAAACAUUGGCUGUUUUCGAAAUCAUCACAAAUGUUUUCGAUUUUGAAAGAAUUAUUUCCGCAUUUGGAAAAAAAUGUUUGCGAUAUCGCAAACACCAAGUUUGCCGUGCCGUUUUCUGUGGCGCCCGACGCAGCCAAUGCGUUACACUGCUGUCAAAAUCACCAGCUCACGCCGCUCGCGCAGACGGCUCAAACAUAAACAAACAAAAAUUGUGCUGCAGUAUUUUUUUUUUUUUUGAUCGGCAAAUCGCGAGUGAAAUGUUUAUUAGUUAGUUUUUAGUGCGCUAUAAAGGACUCAAGGCCUCGGCGGCAAGGGCGUGCCCCGCCGUAAGAAUUGUGUCCAUCCUGCCUGGGCCGUGGACGACGAGAAGCUGCAGCUGUUGCUGAAAAAGUUCAGUGUGUACGCGAUCCCUGGCAUUGAAGAGCACCGGCACCGAGCACAGUGAGAGUAGAUUACGGAAAUUGUAGCCAAGCAUCACCUCCCAGCUAGAACCGGAGGAAGCUGGUCACCGGUGCCGCGACGGAGGACGACCAUGGCGUGCCGAAGCUUACGAGAAACUUCGGGGAGACGGAAUGUUACGCAAAAGCAUUCUGAUUAUCGUCAAUUCGACUGAUUGAGCGGGCGGUCAAACUCCGGACCACAGCCAUCUUGAUGGGAGCCGGAGGAACGGAUCUGUAGCAAGAUGCUGGGAAUCAGGCUUAACCGUGGCUACCGACUCGCACGUCAAACAGAUGACCUAGCACUCACAUGGGGCAAGCUGCGAAACACAAACCCAUCAAGCAUGUUAUCGGCCGGAACGCGAAGAGAUGGACCACUCCGCAUCUGGACAGUAUGUCCAGCGGUGACAAGACUGCGGGUUUGAAGAGUCAAAUCUACGGUUCACAAAUGCAACGUGAGUUCGAUAAACACCUUCACAGAUCCGACUGCUGGCGGAGAUUCUGGGGAUUUGUUCCAAGCGGACGGUCUUCUAGUGGAGGCCACUCCGCUCAAGUCGAUUCUCGAGGUGAAGAUCGGUGGACGAGGAGAACUUCUGGCGGUACGCGAAUCCGUUCAAGGGACGUGCCAGCUCGCUGCGCGACGCUGGAAAUCAGCCAGACCGACGACCCAAGCACGCUGCACCGGUCUCAGCGCCUCUAUCCGGGUGGCCCCGCCGCCGACGUCACCGAGCACGAGAAGGACCUGUACAAUACCAAAAACAUAGCUGCCGCGGUGCCGGCCAUAAAGGCCACGCCACCUUCUUCUCCUACUGCUAACACCGGGACUCAGGUCAUGGGGAGUAACAUGCCAGUGGCGGCACCGACGGCCAGCGGUAACCUGCUGCCCCGCGGUCAUCGAGGACGGCCAGAUCAGAAAAAAACGACUCGUUCGAACCUUCACAAGUCAAUGGCAAAACACAUUUGAUAGAAUCGAAAUCCCGUAGUAAACCACUCACACAAUUGCUUUGAUUUGGUCUUGAAUUAUGAAUAAAUAAAUAAAAACAUUGAAACCUCUUCUUUUUCUUAUUUUCAUCCAAAAUUUUAAAAGCAACGGUCAAUUCAAAACAGUAAAUAUUGUAGUGGCUGCGUGCUGCGUGCUUUUGGCAGGCAUGCGUUACGGCGUUACGUUUGCGAUAUCGAAAAUCACCGUUUGCGAUAUUGGAAGCAAUGUUUCCUGCUGACGGGUGUAAACGGAGGUUUGCGAUUGGUAGAGCAAAUCGGAAGCAAAGUUUGCGAUUCCGCAAACCGGAUUUUGUUC